AGCUCAGCCUCGCCGACCACAUCAUCUGGAGCACUCAACACGCACGCGCCCGAACCCCCACGACGACGUGUAGCAGGGCCAAGCUUCCCUUCUCGCCAACAGCUAUAAUCCACUUGUUCGGAAUAUUGAGGAAUACAGCACCAGUCGACGACUCGCGCGCGUGACGGCGGACGAUCAUCCACCAUGCUUCUCGAAGAGCAGCGCUUCCUCCACGAGGAUCUCGAGCGCCUUGAGCAGGCGAUUUCGGAUCGUGUGGUCUCAGAACCAAGGAACCCCCGCGAUCGGCUAGCUCGCGACCACGAAAUCGCACGUUUCCUCGAAAGCAUUUCCUCACAGUCGACAAAGCUCCUCGAUAUCUACAACGAUGCCGACGCCUCCCGCUCCCGGGAAAUCCAGCAAAUCGGAUCUGGUGAUGCGAUGGAGGAGUUCUACAAGCAGCUUGCCGAGAUCAAGUCUCACCACGCGCAAUACCCCGCCGAGCCGGUAGAGAACCUCGAGCGUGCAUACAAGCCAAAGCGAGGAGUCGAUGCGGAAGCUCAGGUUGCCAUGAUCGACGCCAUGUUCACCGGUGAGGAAGCUUUCGGCCGCUUCUUCGACCUAUAUACGUGCCACGAGCUCUACCUCAACCUCCCCAACGCGAAGCGGUUAAGCUACAUCCAAUACCUGGACCUCUUCGACAACUUUGCGCCCGGCGCCGGCGGCAUCAAGCGCUCCGACAAGCUCACAGACCAAUACUUCCAGUACGUGGGCUCGCUCGCGUCAGAUCUCGAGUCAUUCAUGCGACGGACGCGGCCACUGGAAAACGUGGACAAGCUGCUUGUCGAUUUCGACGACGAGUUCGACACAGCGUGGGAGAAGGACGAGGUCUCAGAGUGGAAGAAGGAGGAGGCUAGCACAGUCAAAUCAGCUGCGCAGGUAGCUUCCGGCGACGGGGUAUGGUGUGAUGCAUGCCAGAAGGAGUUCAAGAAUCAGAAUGUAUACGACGGCCACUUGUCAGGCAAGAAGCACAAGAGAGCGGUGGCCGAGAAGGAAGAGGGUGGACAGGCAAGCAAUGGCGCCGAGGCCGGGGGUGCAACGGCUCUCAGAUUGAAGGAGCGCGCGAUCGCCGAGCGAGAACACCGAGUGAAGCGCCUCGCGAGCGCGAUGAGCACAGAGCGCAGCGACACCCGCGUGAACGUCGAGCGCAAGCAAGGCAUGACGGAGCGCGAGCGGCAACUCGAGCUGCAGAACCUCUUUGCCAACACAGUAACCCCGGCUGGAGGCGCGCAACACGACGGCGAAGAGGGCGACGACGAUGACGACGAUGACAAAGUCUACAACCCACUGAAGCUGCCGCUCGCUUGGGACGGCAAGCCUAUCCCCUACUGGCUUUACAAGCUGCACGGUCUGGGCGUCGAGCAUCCUUGCGAGAUCUGCGGAAACUUUGUCUACAUGGGUCGCCGGGCGUUUGACAAGCACUUCAACGAGGCCCGGCACAUCUACGGUCUCAAGUGUCUGAACAUCACCAACACGGCCUUAUUCCGCGACAUCACGAAGAUCGACGAGGCGCAGCGGCUGUGGGCCAAGAUCCAGGCUGAGAAGCGGAGGCACAACCCCGACGAUGGCAGCAUGGUGCAGAUGGAGGACGCCGAGGGCAAUGUCAUGCCCGAGAAGGUGUACUAUGAUUUGCAGAAGCAGGGAUUGUUGUAGAAAAGCAUAUAUCUCCACGGAGAGCAUCAGGCGAUGCAAGCUGUACAAGUCUAGAAAGUCAAAGGAGCAGCGCAUCAUAUCACGGCGAUGAGUUGGGGCGUUUAGGGCGUUCAACAAAGCACUUUUUGGGUGGCUCUCACAAGACCUUUGUGGCCAGUUUCCGAGUGCCAAAUAUGCAUUGAAUAAACGCAAGUUCAGGAGCGUACAGUUGUAUUCACUACUUUGGGUUGGCGAACCUAUCAAGCCUAUUCUGUGAAUCAGAGUGGGCUUUGUUUUGCAGACGUAGCGUUCAAGCUCAGAGGUGUGAGAGCUUUGCCUGCCGCUUCUCAGUAACCCACCGCUGCCAAUCUAGAGUGUGCGUUGUAGUCCUUGACCAGGCCGCACUAUUGACCAAGCUGUCUCCCGCCGAUAGCUUUCCACAUUUCCUG